AAAAAAAAAACAUUUCCUCAUUAAUUUCUUUUUCGUCUCUCUCUCUCCGUUGCGAUUUCAUCGACGAGACAAACGAUGAAUUUCGAAUCAGAAGCUUGAAGGUUUUGAAUCAAAUGACAUGGAAUCAGAGGAAGUGUAUGGAUUCGAAGGGAAUCAGAAAGCGGUGGUAGAGGAUCAUCAGGAUAUGAGAGAGAGAACGAUCGACGCAGACCUCGCGGCGGUGGCGGUGGCGGUGGAGGAAAAGAUAAUAUUGAUGUGCUUGGAAGACUUUUGACACGAAUCUUGCGACAUAUGGCUACUGAGCUGAGAUUGAACAUGAGAGGUGAUGGUUUUGUUAAAGUUGAAGAUUUACUUAAGCUUAAUUUGAAAACCACUGCUAAUGUUCAACCGAAGUCACAUACGAUUGAUGAAAUCAGAGAGGCUGUGAGAAGAGAUAACAAACAACGUUUUAGCCUCUUAGAAGAGAAUGGUGAGCUCUUGAUCCGCGCAAAUCAAGGCCACUCCAUCACGACGGUGGAGUCAGAAAAGUUACUUAAACCAAUACUGUCACCAGAAGAAGCUCCAGUGUGUGUACAUGGAACUUAUAAGAAGAAUUUGGAAUCCAUCUUAGCAUCAGGGUUAAAGCGUAUGAAUAGAUUGCAUGUUCACUUCUCUUGUGGCUUACCAACAGAUGGUGAAGUGAUUAGUGGCAUGAGAAGGAAUGUUAAUGUUUUGAUCUUCCUCGACAUGAAGAAAGCUCUUGAAGAUGGGAUUGCGUUCUACGUCUCAGACAACAAAGUGAUUUUGACUGAAGGCAUUGAUGGUGUAGUGCCUGUGGAUUACUUCCAGAAGAUCGAGUCUUGGCCUGACCGGCAAUCCAUACCUUUCUGAUUCAUACGAUUCAACAUCAUGCAAAGAUUCACUGGAUUCUGUUAUAUUGACUCUGAAGAUUCUUGUGAACCUUUGAUUAUGUAAUGUUUCAAUGUCUCCAAUCACGGACUUGUUGGCAGUAUCUCAGUGUGAUCAUGUCGUAUAAUUAGCUCUCUAAUUGUUCAGGUGAUUGGUAAGGCUCGUGUACCAAUUAUUAAGUUCGUUGAGAAGAAAAGCAACAUUUCAUUUGAUCUAAGGUUUUUUUAUCUUCCCA